CGCUGGAUAACAGCGGAAAGUAAGGUCAGGUUUUGGAGGUUGAUGGUCGAAGGUUCCAGUAACCAAACACGAUGGAUGACCCGCGGAGGAAGACUAUGACCUUCAUCGCCAUCGGCCUGAUCUUCUUUUUUAACGGCGUGGAAUACGCUGUGAUUCUACCCACAGUAUGGGAGUACCUGCAGAAUUUGGAUGCAACAUCUUCAUUUCUGGGUAUGUGCCUGUCUGCCUUCAGCUUGAGUGGGCUUCUUUCUGGACCACUGUUUGGCCACUGGACUGACAGAACACGAUCCACAAAAAAUGCCAUCUUGGUGGGCAACUUUUUUGAGAUAGUUGGUAGCUUAAUGUACUCUGUGGGCUACUCCAAAUGGAUCGUACUGUCAAGCAGACUGGUGGCAGGCGUUGGUUCAGGUGUUGGCUCGUCCAUCUUUGGCUUUCUGACCAGAUCCACCUCUGUGAAGGACCGUGCUACUGCGAUUGCUGCAGUCAUGGCUUGUCGGCACGGGGGCCUUGUGAUUGGUCCCGGAUUGAACGUGUUCCUCAGGUUCUGUAACUUCAAGAUGGGUCCCUUUGAAGUCAACAAAUACACGGCACCAGGGAUAUUCAUGUGCCUGCUGUGGAUUCUUCUUCAACUGGUUGUGAUCUUCAUGUUCUGGGAUGGGCCAAAUGUGGAGAAGAGGAAGGCCCAGGAGAAAGGGGCAAGCAACAACAAUAUGGUGGAGGAAAAAGAGGUGCUUGAGAAAUACAGUGACAAGGAGGAUGAUGAUGAUGACGAUGAUGAUGAAGAAAGGCCACUGAUGUUGUCUUAUGAGCUGCUUGGCUCCUAUGGCACGGUGGGGAAGCAUAAACCGCACAGACACAGCACAAUGACUCAUAACACCCUAUCUGCCCCAACCUCUUCACCGGAACCCCAAGAGCCUCGCGGCACUGGUACGAGUCUCAGCAAGUGGCGAGAGUUGCUGAGAGAAGAGGUGGUUGUGUUGCUGGCUGCUCAGUUCAUCCUGCUCUUCAAUCACACUGCACUGGAGACAAUGGUGACCCCACUGACCCAGAAGUACUUCUCGUAUGGGGAGCUGCAGAACAGCGUGAUGUACUGUCUCGGUGGCAUAGAGGUGAUCGUUGGUUUUAUGCUGGUUCGCUGGCUGAGCCGUUGUGUUCCUGAGCGGGUGCUUAUGGCGACCGGUGUGACGCUCUGCAACGUCUCCUCCAUCUGGUGCAACAUCUUCCUGACUAACCCAAUAGGUACUUACUCCUGGAAGCUGGGGGAGUUCAUCGUUGGGAUGUUCCUGCAGGUUUUGUCCUUGCCAAUUUUAGCAGUGGCUCAAGUGUCUCUGUACUCCAAACUUACUCCUGAGAAAACACAAGGCUUUAGUCACGGGAUCCGUCGAUCCGUUGGCGGUCUGGCCACCAUUCUGGGGCCUCUUUGGGCCGGAGGUCUUACAGACAACAUGUACAUCUUGCUCGGCGUGAUGUUUGCAUUGCUUUUGGUGCUAACUGUGAUGCUGAUCUGCUCUUAUAAACGACUGGUGAGUCCUCCUGCAGAGAAACCAGAGGAGACCUCAACCACAUCUGUAUAACCUCAAUGGGUGAUCAAUUCAUGGUGGAUAUUACUGAAGUGUACAGUGAGAGGUCACCACCUGCACCUGACAGUCUGACCACUUCCAUCUCUCCCCACCCAGUUUUAAGGCCAGUACACAAGAGUGAUCACACCAAUCAGCAGCUGCAGCGCGUCUUCACCUUUUCCACAGUCUUUUUGGUCUUUACACUCAGGAGACUGAAUCCAGCAAAACUGAUUUGUUGUAUAUUUUACAGUGUAUUUCCCAUGGAAAUAUGGAAUCCUUCUUCACCUGCGUCGGCAAACUGUCACGUUUGACCUGUGUUUCAGCACAGGCAGUGUAAUUCUUGUAAUUGUUAACAUGCUUCAUGGAAAUGCAUUAAAUAAGUUGACCCUUGUCUUUGUUCUGCAGUAGAAUAGAUUGUGUUUUCAGACUUGAUGCUUGUUUGAAUCAAAACCAUAAAAGUAGCAUACACAUCACUCAUACUGACUUAAAGAAACCCCCACUUAUCCACUUAUCUUUUUAGUGUUUUUAUAUUUAAAAAGUGCAGCAGGAAUGCUCUUAAAAAUGGUCCUGUGUGGUGCAUUGAAGACUGACCAAAAGCUUUCCAUUAAUUUGAAUUUGAUGAUAUUGGGGAAGCUGACACAAAAGUACAAAAAGAGUAAUUAUUUGUCUAAUUUAAUUCAUUUUUGCUGCUUCUCUCCCACCCUAAGUAUUCAACUUCCCAAUAUGAUUAACUGCAGCCACACGAGAAACUUUAGUGGAUUUUUCAUUGCAGCACAUGAUGCAUCCUUUGGACAUUUUUCAGAGCAUCAGCAACACUGUUGCAAAAAUACUAAAAAUAUGUCUGUCAUGGGCAAAAAUGGAAAUGCGUUAAAUAUUCCAACAAUGCUUCAAAUAUCUCAUUUUAAUAGCAUGCAUGCUUUUGAAAGUUCUCUAUAUUGAGCUGAAACAACAAAAUUGACAGAUGAUGACCAUAACAGUGGAUUGUCU